CUGAAGUCACCCACGCGGCUUGGAGGCGCACCGGCUCCACACGCAGCAGAAACAGCGCACUAUGGCCUGUCUUUGAGCCUCCUCAUACGAAACUAGUGCACACACUAAACCGGCAAUCCGUCACCAUCGACGCCUUGAUCAUGGACCUGUGGUCCAGAGGGUUAUUCGGGGGACAUCGAAGAGGUCAAUAGUACUUCUGAAGAUUAUAUUAUCAGUUUUUGAGCGCUGUCAUUUUUUUUGGACGUCCUGGGAUUUGAAGCACUCCCAUCUACCGGUUAGCAACUAAGAAGGGCAUCACUCGUCUGUUGAAGUAAAGGACAAGAAAACUACAGAUUUUUUAAAACCGAGGACCGAUCAGAGACCGAUACCUCUAUCCGACAACACUGUCACUGUUGGUAACUGAACGGCUGGCAACACACCGCCACCCUAAUGCAGACCCACAAAAGAACGUGAAAUGAACAAACCACCACAACCUAUAACGGGACCUACUACUGUCCCAAACCCAUCUCCCUCCCCUGGACUGACACAGGCUGCUUACGGGCCUGCGCAGCCACCUUCUCUUGUUUUUGCAACCCCUCCACCUCCACAAAUGAGCUCUGCCCAACAGCCAAGACAGUUUGCUACAGGGCCCCGUACAUUACAUCAACAGGGUGGAUACAGAGCAAUACAGAGUUACUAUCAGAAUCGACCCGCAAUGACCACCAGUGCUCCAAGGGUACCUACAAGUAGUGGGCCUCGACCUGUUGGACCUACGCAUAUCUACCCAUCCAGCUCCCAGAUGAUGAUGAUCCCACAGCAGCAGCUGCAAUUUGCCGGCUCUCCUCAGAGCUAUUUUAUCCCACCUGGACAGUACCGCACCCCAUACAUGACUCCUACCCAGCAGUAUCCUGUGUCCAGCGGUACAAGUUUCUACCCAGGAACUAGUCCUGCUGAAUACCCCGGUUAUGCAGGAGCAUACUAUCCAGCUCAAUCACCGUACUCUGCAACAGUCCAGCCUGCACCGGUCAUGAUCAACCCAGCCCAGCACCAGCAACAAGCCCCGCCUCCUCAGCAACUGCCACCACAGCCACAAGGCCCACCAAAGAGGGAACGCAAACAGAUAACGAUACGAGACCCCAACCAAGGUGGGCGUGAUAUCACAAAGGAGAUCAUGUCAGGUGGAAGAUCCUCCACCACACCAACGCCCCCACAGGCCUCCAUAGCAGAUAUAAGUGUUGCCCAGACCAAUGGUGAAGUUGUACAGACUGCCAUUGCUGUGACAAGAGAAGAUGAACAUAAGGAACUCCCCUCCAGUGCUGAUACUCCUCCACCGCCAGCUCCAGUAGACACUGAGCCUGUGGUAGAGGUCCAACUGGAAGUAGACCGCCAACUUACGCCGCCUCUUGAAUUAGCUGCACAGACUGUGGCUGCUACAGUUUCUACUGAGGUGCUGCCCCCACUAAUAAAGGACCAGCUGCCUCCAUCUUCCCUCCCUCCAGUAGCAGCAGGUACCAUUAGUGAUGCAGAGGUCAUAAAUAAAGUAGGCUCUAAUGUUAGUGACACAGUUGAUGCUCCUGUUGGACCCUCAGCAUCAUUAGCGGCGGCACAAGACACACCUGUGAAAACAGAGGAGCCACAGGCUGCCCCAUCUGAAAUGGCACUCAAAAAGGAAGAAGUGGAAAUAGAAGAUGUUAAAAAAUUGGAGAAAGAGGAGCAGACACCUACUGCUAAGUUAGAGCCUGCAGUUGAGGUUGCAGCAACAGUUGCCCCUGUAAAAAUGGAAAAAGAGGAAACGGCUGCAAAAGCAACAAGUGAAGUUUCUCAGCCUCCCCCCUCUGCACUGGAACCUGCUGCUCCACAGGCCCAGGACGUCAGUCAGAGCUCUGCCCCUGAACCAGAACCCACAUCGGCUGAAAUAGCAGAGCCUUCCCUCCACAAUGGCCUUCCUCAGGAGACUGAAGAGCUGUCUGAGGAUAUACCGGUUUCUAACACUACACCUCAUGACAAACCUGAACCUGCUCAAUCUCAGGAGUGCACACCUGUGGCAGCACACAAUGUGGCAACAUUACCAACGCAGGAGGAAGAGAAAGAGACACAAGAGGAAGAGUCGCAUCACAAGAAAAAAGAAGAUACGCCUCAUCCCCCUGCCAGCUGCCCAGAGGAACCUACUAUGCAAGCUACGUCUGUGCCAAAGAAAAAGAAAUUCAUGAAAGAGCUCAACAAGAAGGAAGCCAUUGGGGACAUGCUGGAUGCCUUUAAAGAUCAGGAGCCGGAGGCCAAAUCUGUUCCUGAACCCGUACCCAUUCAGGCCAGUCCUCCAGCUCCAGCUGAACCUCCGGCUGAGGUCGUCGAUGAGACCUGGGAGGAGAAAGAGGACAAGCAGAAUGCAGAACCAGACAAACCUACAAACACACUUGAGGCAACUGAGCAUAAAUACCAGUACAAAGAAGAACAAUGGAAGCCGAUAAACCCAGAAGCGAAGAAGCGGUACGACAGAGACUUCCUCCUGGGCUUCCAGUUUAUCAGCGCUAGUAUGCACAAACCUGAGGGACUGCCCAUCAUCAGUGAUGUGGUCUUGGACAAGGUAAACAAGACUCCACUUCGGCCUGCUGACCCAGCUCGACAGAUGAGUGCUGGUUCUGAUUUUACGCCCUCAUAUUUGGGAAAUCUUGGGAGCAGAUCAGUGGGAGGACCACGAGCCCCGCCCCCUGGGCCACGGCGCUCCCAGCAAGGCCAGAAGAAGGUGCCAAUAAGGAUCAUCAACAGCAUGUCGCUUAAUGAUGAUGUGCAGCUUAACAAGGCUGAGAAAGCCUGGAAGCCCUCUACAAAGAAGCCCGCUCGUAGUCAUGGAAGAGAGGAAGUUGAUGAAGACGACCCUGAACAAGCCAAAACUCGAGAGCUGUUCAAGCGUCUGCGCAGCAUCCUGAACAAACUGACGCCACAAAAGUUCGAGGAGCUGAUGAAGCAGGUGACGGACCUGAAGAUAGACACAGAAGAAAGGCUGAAGGGCACCAUUGACCUCAUCUUUGAGAAGGCUAUCUCAGAGCCCAACUUCUCUGUGGCCUACGCCAACAUGUGCCGCUGCCUUAUAACCUUGAAAGUACCCACCUCAGACAAUUCAGGAAGUUUUGUGAACUUCCGCAAACUGUUGCUCAACCGAUGCCAGAAAGAGUUUGAGAAGGACCAGGAUGAUGAUGAGUUCUUUGAGAAAAAGCAGAAAGAGAUGGAGGUUGCUAAAGAUGAGGAGGAGCGUGAGCGUUUGAGGGUGGAGCUUGAGGAGGCCAAGGACAAGGCUCGACGGCGGUCGCUGGGUAACAUAAAGUUCAUUGGUGAGCUCUUCAAGCUGAAAAUGUUGACGGAGGCCAUCAUGCAUGACUGCGUGGUGAAACUACUGAAGAAUCACGAUGAAGAGUCUCUCGAGUGUCUCUGCAGACUUCUCUCCACUAUUGGCAAAGACCUGGACUUUGAAAAGGCAAAGCCUCGUAUGGAUCAGUAUUUCCACCAGAUGGACAAAAUCAUCAAAGAGAGAAAGACGUCAUCCAGAAUUCGAUUCAUGCUGCAAGAUGUUCUGGACCUUAGAAGGAGCAACUGGGUGCCUCGGAGAGGAGAUCAAGGUCCUAAAACAAUCGACCAGAUUCACAAAGAGGCAGAAAUGGAAGAGCACAGGGAACAGAUCAAAGUCCAGCAACAGCUCCUAUCAAAGAAAGAAAGCGGAGGAGGAGGAGGAGGCAGAAUGGGAGGUAACGUGGGAGGCCGAGGCACCCACACACCAGGAGGGAGCCGGACGAGCCAGCCCCAGGACGAGGGCUGGAACACGGUGCCCAUUUCAAAGAAUCGUCCUAUUGACACCACCCGCCUUAGCAAGAUCACAAAGUCUGGAGCUGUCGACUUCAAUAAUCAGCUACUGGCUCCUGGAGGAAAAGGCAUGUGGGGUAGCUGGGGUAAAGGCAGCAGUGGAGGAAGUGGAGUUAAACCAGCAAGUGGAGAUCAAGAUUCAGGGAGGCCAGCCACCAGCACCCUCAACCGCUUCUCAGCCCUACAGCAGUCUGGUUCAAUGUCGUCUUCAGGAGACACUGAUCGCAGAGUACCUCAGAGAUCAAGCUCCAGUCGCGAGCGGGAAGGUGACAGAGACAGGGGUGACCACGACAGAGGUCGCUUCGACAGAUUUACUCGCAGCGAGAGACGCGACGGGAACCAAAUCACCAAGAGAAGCUUCAGCAGAGAGUCGCAGGAGCGUGGUGGCAGGGGCGGAGACGGCCGAGCCCCAAAUGAAUCUGUGCGCCGUGUCGCCAGCAUGACCGAUAAUCGGGACAGAGGAAGUCGAGACAGAGGCAGCAAAGACAGGGGAAGUCGAGAACAAGGAAGUCGAGACCGAGGAAGCCGAGACCGAGGAAGCAGAGACCGAGGUAGUCGGGAUACUGGUCCAACCAAAGACCUCCCAGCUAAGCGCGAAAGUGCUCCAGCUCCUCCCUCUCUUCCAAAACCUACCAUGACUGAGGAGGAGGUGGAGAAGAAGUCAAACGCCAUCAUUGAAGAAUACCUCCACAUCAAUGAUGUGAAGGAGGCCUUGCAGUGUGUGGCAGAGCUCAAUAGUGUCUCACAGCUUUAUAUAUUUGUGCGCAGCGGUGUUGAAUCGACACUUGAACGCAGCACAAUUGCAAGGGAGCGCAUGGGCUCUUUGCUGCAUCAGCUUGUAAAAGCAGGGACAUUACCCUUGCAGCAGUACUACAAAGGGCUACAAGAGACCCUGGAGUCAGCAGAGGACAUGGCCAUAGAUAUACCUCACAUCUGGCUCUACCUGGCUGAGCUCCUUACCCCCAUGCUCCAUGAAGGAGGAAUCCCUAUGGGACAGUUCUUUGGGGAGAUCUCGAAGCCUCUCGUGCCUCUGGGGAAGGCUGGUGUGCUGCUGGCACAGAUCCUCAAGCUGCUCUGCAAAGAAAUGACUCAGAAGAAGGUUGGGACUUUGUGGAGAGAAACGGGACUAAAUUGGAAAGAUUUCUUGCCGAGUGAUGAAGACGUGAACAAGUUUGUCACUGAUCAGAAAGUUGAGUUUACCACAGAGGAGACGGAGACAAAAGACGUUGGCAAGAAGAAAGUCCUCAGCAGAGAAGAGAUGAGCAAAGAGCUGGACAGACUUCUGGAGGACAAAGCCAACAACCAGCGCAUCAGAGACUGGAUCGAGGCUAACUUGGAUGAGCAGCAGACCGCUUCCAACCAGUUUGUACGAGCACUGAUGACCUCAGUGUGCCAGUCUGUCAUCAUAUGUGACAACGCUUACAAGGUGGAUGCACAGCAGGUCAACCAGAGGGCCAGCCUUCUGCAGAGAUACCUGUGUGAUGAGGAGAAGGAGCUGCAGGCCCUUUAUGCCCUCCAGGCUCUCAUGGUGCACAUGGAGCAACCUGCCAACCUGCUGCGGAUGUUCUUCGACGCCCUGUACGACGAGGACAUCAUCAAAGAGGACACCUUCUACAAAUGGGAGGCCAGCAAAGAUCCUGCGGAGCAAACGGGGAAAGGUGUGGCCUUGAAAUCAGUCACUUUCUUCUUCAUCUGGCUCCGCGAGGCCGAGGAGGAGUCGGACAAGGACUAAGGGGACGGAAAUAUAAUCUGCUGCCCCCUGUUGUCGAGACGAGGGAUCUACAAAGAGUAAUGGACAAUUUAUAAAGCCGGAGUGGCAGACUAAUCAGUCCUCAAUGAGGAUAAAUCUUUUUUUUCCUUUUCUUUUCUUUGAGAGAUGAACUUAAAAACAAUAAUUUCUCUCCCCUCCUCUCCUGCUUUACACAGCAAGUGUCCUCAUGAAAUAAACUUGAAAACUCUUCAGCAGGACCGCUUCUGAACAAGGUGUGAAAUGUCCCACAUCACUACGACGUCUCGUCACCGUAAACACAAACCAACCGGCUGCUGUCAUUCUUCUAUGCCUAAUAGCCUCUGACGUGCAGAAAGAAAUGGCAAGGGUGUGCGGUGUGGUGGGGGGGUCAUGUGCUCAAUCCAAACACAGGUCUUCUGUCUGUCCUUUAUUGGAGCGUGCAGCACGACUGAAGUGUUUCUGUGAAAAAUACACAAACUAAUAAUUUGUCUGAUGGAGUUUCUAAAGCAAAGGUUGUCUAUUUUUCCUGUUUCCCUUUUUCCCCUUACAGAGGACUGAUGUGGACUUGGACUACUGGGAGGUGGUCUUAAUGCUUCCUCUAAGCCAUCCUCUCCCACCCCCCAGUAGCAAACUACACUGACUGAUACUUCCUCUUGACCUCCUCUGAACUUAAACCUGACUCUUAAAGACCUAAUCACAGCUAAAACUUGAAAUCUGCAGAAGAAAUUGACUUGAUAAGAUAUAUAUAUAUAUAAAUAUAUAUAUAUAUAUAUAUAUAAAGAGAAGGCG